AUGGUAAACUUGGACGAGGAGAAUCUCGCCACCACGAGCACCGAUGAUAAUGGUACUCCCGCGACGACGACGACGACGACGACGAUGAUGACGAGAAAAGAAGAAGAAGGCAGUCGGGACCAACGAGAGAAACAGAUGCGAGAGCGGUUGAAAGCGCAAGCGUAUUUAGGUGAACAAUAUUUCCUUGCCGAACACAACCGGAGAAAAGACAACAAGAAAUAUAGCGAUAAUAACGAUUGGUUCUCAACUGAAGACGAAACGUUCGUCGUCGCCACGAAAGCGUCCAAUCCAAAAUUCCCACCGAGCGCUUUCGCGCAGUUUUCAGAAAACGAAAACGUCGUGCAGAACAACGCGGGAGGACGACGACGAGAUGAACACCAGCACCAGCACCAGCACCAACAAAAAAUAACAACCACAGCGACGAAACAUAAACAGUUGUACUUCUCUCCGCCGCAAAAUUUGGAAGAUAUACAAGGAACCUUGCCCUCGCAGAACGGCAUCGCUUCGCACAUGGUGUGCCAAUGCGACGAGGCGAGUCAAUACGUCACCAUCAAUCCAGAUGCGCGCGGAAAGUGGGAAGGCGAAGGCGGGAGGAAACAGUACGCCCAGAGGUGUCCGGUUCACUUCCCUUUCGCAUGGACAUGGAAAGGGGACGUGAACACUGGACCGAUGAAAGGCGAGGCUUGGAUGUCUGCCGCGCGGAUGCGUGAUCAACGCGCGAAGGAGGUUGCGUGGGAAGCGCGGGAGUUAGAGCGACGAAGACUCGCGCUUAGGAGUAUUUACGAUAGAGAAAACAAACAUCACCCGAUGAAUUACGAACUAAAAACCGAGACCAAUGAAGGACACGGCGAAGAAGAUUUUGAAAAGUGGAAAGAUAAGAAACACAUGCAGCGAGAAAAACCUACCAUGUUCACGAGAGUUGUGGACGCGUUGGAAUCAAUCGGUCACAAUCUUUUCGGCGACGACGAUGACGACGAGUAUUACGACGACGACGACGAUGAAGGAAGAACACGAAGAAGGAACAACGAAAAGAUAGUUCGAGACGUACAUAACGCGAGAGAAUUUGCGCAGUUUGUCAGAGAUGAGGGCGCUUUGAAGUACCUGUCGUCGAAUUCGUCGUCACCUAGAAAAAUUAGUGAAAAAGUAAACAAGAAUCCAAAUGGAAUCGUCGACCGGUCCAUGAAACAGCGGUUGCUCGACACCUCAAAAAGUUCCGUCAAAUUCUCGCAGUUAGAAGGUGAACCCGGUUACGUCGUGUACGAAACAAAUUUCAAUUACUACGUAGUCACGCACGAUGCGAGCUUGAGUAAUUGGAUUUACGCGAAACUCGAUCGGACGAGUUCACGAAUGCGAGUCGAAGAAGGCGGGCGGAAAAGAACGGAGGCAGAAAUGAACGCGUUUUUUCGAGAGGUAAGAAAGAACGAAGGCACGGUAACUAAGCUAAGCGCCGGUGCCGGUUUAGUCGUUUUCAUUGAAUUCGCCGGGCAAGAAGAAGGGUUGACGGUAGAUUCUGUUGAAGUUGAAGACGCGUCAAAGAAUCCGGAGGGUAUUAUUUUGCGCGAUGAACUCAAAUUUCGAGAAAAAAUGCGGCGAAUGCAAGAAUUCAACUUGAAUUACUUACACAUUGAGCGUGUAUAUCCGGACAAGUGGGGUGCAAAUGGAGCGCAGUUUGGCGUAAAGAAGGAUUACGUCGUCUUCAGUGGUGCGGAUAGCGUGCGAGUUCCGAGCAAAGCAAACGCCGAGCGGGCCGCCUUGAUGAACAUGCACCUAACGGUUGAAGCAGCUGAUUUCGCAGAGGAAUCUCGUUUACAAGCUAAAGAUCGUGAAGAAGUUUUUAAAGCGCGUCUUUUAAUAAACGGUGGAGAAGUUCUCGAUCGGCAUUCGGGGAGUGGAUCGAACCAAAAGUGGGUGUAUAAAAAUGGUCGAAAGUUGAAAAAAAUAGCAAACGCAAAGCCAAAGCCACCGCCGUCGUAUGGAAACAAAGAUUUCAGGGGUAAUGGUCCCGUUGUCGACUCAAAAUCUUCGUCAUCUAAGAACAGCGUAACGAACACGCUGAUCGGAUCGCUGGAGCAAUCGUUGUUUGGUAAACAAAUCGCCGACGAACUUUUAGAAGAAGACGACGAGCUCUCCUUCUGGGAAGGCACGCCCGUAGGUGUUCGGAUUUUACCAGACUUUGUCGCGCACAGUUACAUCAAACCUGGUGACGUUCGAAAAGUCAAGAGAUUGAACAUGCAAAUCUAUCGAACGAAACUUUUGUCCGAAACGGAAUCGAUUGCAAACUUUUUUGUGCCUCUUCUCGAGACGGUGUUGAAAGCGGUUUCGCCUCGGUUUCUGAAGAUGAAUAAUAAUAAUAAGGAUGAAUACGUGAAGAAAGAUGCCAACGCCGACGAAAACACCGCCGAAGCCGUCGAAUACUUAGACGAGGACGACAUUGAUAUCGUGCAAAAGUAUCUGUACUCAGAUUCAAGAAUACCUUUGGGAACGCGAUUGGUAAAGUUGCGUUUCCGAAGCUAUUCCAGGCACGAAAGCGAUCCGAUUCGCGUUCAAUGA